GCUUUUUAAAAUUCCCUAGGGCUACCGCGCUUCCCUCUUCGUUUCUUCUCCGACUGCCUGGAGUUUUCACCCGAUCGUCGUCGUCUUCCUCCUUUGGAGCAAUCAAUGCAGGGAGUGGCAUCAUUCUUCCGCAGAUCGGCCACCGAAAUCGGAGGCAACCUCCGGCUCUCAUUCGCGAACCUUGUCCGGAGCUACAGUGCUGAGGCGUCGGCUUCUUCGUCCGCAGCGUCAGCGUCGCAGCAGGCGACAAAGAAGCGGAAGAGGAGGAAGAAGAAGAACCUCUUCGAAGUCGCUCAGUUCCUCCCAAAUUGGGGCUUGGGUUAUCACUUGGCCAAGGGUCACUGGGACGGUGUCUAUUAUAAGAUCACCAAGAUCAAUCUUUACAAGGAUGGUAGGCAUGGUAAGGCGUGGGGAGUUUUCUACAAGGAUGGUUUACCAACCAUGGAUGCUCCUAAGAAAAUAAGUGGGGUUCAUAAACGGUGUUGGAGAUAUAUUCCAGACUCUUCAAGAAGGGCAUCGGACAUUGGUCUAAAGUCUGAACUGCAGCCUGAGGUUCAAGCAUGAAUGCAUGCAUAUAACUGCGGCCAGCUGAAUCAUCCAUCCAUUGGUCUGUAUUGCAUCACAAAAAGAUGGGGCAAAAGCAGAAAAUUCCAAGCUUUUCCAUGCAAGAAAGCACGAUGGGGCAGCUAACUGUUGUUGCGUCGUAUAAUGGGACUAUUGUUUUGGUAAUCUAAUCGUCUCAUCCGGCCCCAUUGGCAAUCAUGAUGUGGCUUCAAGUUAGUGUAAAUUUUUUUUCGUUAUCUCUUGGUUGUACAACUUUUUUUUAGUUGCUGAGAAUCAUAAAAGAGAAUCAAUGCUGUUUACAGCAGUAAAAGGUGGGGCAUUAUAUCAUGUAGAAGAAAAGUGGAAGGGCUAUUGGGGCAAUUUUAAAUCAGUUGGUUGCCCUGGUUUAACUUGUUA